CAUCGGGCAUUGUUCUCUAUUUUGGCCGUGCUGGGUCAUGCGAUGCGGCAGACAAUGUGCUGGAAUUGACACCAUGCCAUAGCGAGCCUGUGCAGCACAGACUAGAGCGCGGAGCUAGAGCGACGAGCCGGUGUCCAGCGCGUCUGCUCUUUUCUCCUCUUAACAGCUACCCGGCAAAAUGUAUAUGCUCGUUAUUCAGUUGUGUUUACUGGCAGCGGCUUCGGCCAGGCGCCUUCCACCGAAGCCCCGUUACCACCACUCGAUGGAGAUCGUCAACGGAAAGCUGUGCGUUUUUGGCGGCAAGGACAACGCAACAACAACCAGACUACAGGAUUUCCUGCUGGAUUUCCGGUGUGUGAAACUGACCCGGCCAAUCCGGCGCGUCCAGCCAGGGUGGGAGCAGCUGGAGUCGGCAUCGCGGUUUGCCAUGCCGCCGCUGGCACAGCAGACCAGCGUCUACGACCGCAGCAGCAGGAUUAUCGUGCCAUAUGGCGGGCAGACACCAGACGGAUUCUCAAAGGCCGACAAAAUCAUGAUAUUCACAACGACCUAUGAGGCGUGGGACGCGUCAUACAUCAGCGAUGUGCUGCCACGUCGGUAUAUCCACUCGGCUGUGCUGCAGGAGUCCUCGGGGGACAUGGUUGUUUUUGGCGGUGCCAGCGACGCGACGACCGCAGGCGAGAAAACGGCACGCUGGCGCGAUCCAGCACGCAUGGUGCUCGACAAGGUCCGGCACAGGUCUCAUCUGCAGAGCAUCGGAAGGCUGGCCGACAACGCAACCACAGGCACCAUCAUCCAGGACACCAACGCAAUACCGCCUGAGGAAAUCGCGCUGCUCACGCACCACACCAGCACGCUGGUAAACGACACGCUGAUGGUGGUUCUCGGCGGCGACAACUGGAACAACUCGAAAUCCGACGCCGACAUGGUGCCCUUCGACCGCGCGCAUGUAUACAACGUUGACGACCAUACAUGGACCAUGCAGCCGUGCAGGGGGCAAGUGCCGCUGCCGCGGUCGGGGCAUACGGCUGCCUUGCAUAGAGACAGCAUCUACAUUUUCGGAGGCGCCAACAACAGCAACUGGUCGAUGAUAUACAAUGACAUGUAUGCGCUGGACACCAGGACGUGGGUCUGGCGCGAGAUAUCAGUGCCCCACAUGCCGAAGCCGCGCUAUGGACACCAGAUGAAGGCCCUGGGCCACUACCUGAUAAUCAGCCACGGGUUCCUCGAGAGUAGUACUGGCGACCCUGACAUUUACUUUUUCGACACAGAGUCCCACACAUUUGUCGACCGCUACUCCCCCGAGGGUAUCUCGCGGUCAGAGCUUGAUACUGAAUGGGCCCCGCCGGUACAAUCCCGAACCCACGCCAUCAUAGCGGUGAUGUUUCUGCUGCAGUGUCUGGCCGGAAUACUGCCUCUAUGUCUGGUCGCCAGGAGCCUCUGGAGGAUUCUUGUGGCCAGAGCGUCAAGCAGGCCGCAGCGAGACACACGUGUUCGCCGGAUGAGCUCGCGCUUGGCUCGCUAUUCGGAGACACUCCGCAACUCGUCCAUCUUCCCCUACAAGCGCACGUCGGUGGAUCCAGAUACCGACCAAGCGACGGUCACCAGCCCAUCCUCAUUCGUGCACAGUGGGCGGCGUCGUGCCAGCAGCAUUCCGCUUGAGACAAUCCUCGACAAGUCGAACCGCCAGUCGAUCUCGGAGGGCACGUCGACGGUGAUUGGCAGUGACCAGGCGAACCAGGGAAGAUCAAAGAGGAGCUUUGCGAUGUCCAACAGGCGCCAUUCGCGGGUGAUGGACGAUAUACCCGACACUCGACCGUACGUGGCCCGGCGACUGACGGUAUCUGCACGCCUUCCCCAAGAGGAUGUCUCAUCCACUCACCACAGCACCGACCGCAUCGUCCGGUUUUCUGAUGUUAUUGACGAGCCAGUUAUCGACACAGCAGCAUAUGACAACAUCUCGCUCAGUACCCUUGAUAUACUGACUCCUGUUGCCGAGGUGCCAGAUGCACUGGCUGAAUCGUACAGUACAUUGGAGCGGUUCUACAUCGUGAAUGAGAAUGCAGAAAGUUGACUUGACUAGUUCGGCCGCACAGCAAUUCCAAUGUACGAGGAGCUUUCGGGUACUCGCAUGAGAUACGUGGAAAUGCGUGUAGCAUUCAGUGGUGGUGUGACAUGCCGAGUGCCAGCUGUAUGG